UCAGGAGGGCACAAUACUGAGAUCAGGAGGGCACAGUACAGGGGGAGUCAGAGGGGCCCAAUACUGGGAUCAGGAGGGCACAGUACAAGGGGAGGGGAGUCAGGAGGGCACAAUACUGGGAUCAGGAGAGCACAAUGCUGGGAUCAGGAGGGCACAGUACAGGGGGAGUCAGGAGGGCACAGUACUGGGAUCAGGAGGGCACAGUAUGGGGGGAGUCAGGAGGGCACAGUAUGGGGGGAGUCAGGAGGGCACAAUACUGGGAUCAGGAGGGAACAGUACAGCUGGAGUCAGGAGGGCACAAUACUGGGAUCAGGAGGGCACAAUACUGGGAUCAGG